AAAAUAUUUUCUUUAUUGCUGUUUAAUUAGGAUAGCAUUAAUAAUCAGAUAAAUACUAAUUUAAAAAUAAGAUAUAUAUUGUACAUCAAGUUUUUAAAUUGUAUCAUUUAUUAUUUAUGAGGGCAAAAUGCAACAGUUUAAAUAACUGCUGGGAGUAUAGAUAGGUUAUAUACAGAAGAAAAAUAAUGUUUUAAGAAAUAAUUAUAAAUUUGUAGCACACUAUGUGCCAUGAUCUAAGAACUGUAAGAAGCUCUGCCAAAUUUCAUCCUUUAUCAUAAUUGAAAAUUUUUACUUUCAUUUAGACUUAUAAGAAUGUGACUUUCUGGGUUGGUGGUGUAGCUCAGUGGUAGAGGUUUGCCUGGCAUAUACAAGGCCCUGGGUUCAAUUCCCAGAGCCACAAAAAAUAAAACAACACUAUAAUAAAAACAAAAAUGUAUGACUUGUUGCAGAGGAUAUUACCAUCUAGUUUAAGUAGUGGUAAGAAACUAACAGGAAUAAAGAAAAAAGAACUAAGACUAUAGUCCCUAUCCAAAGGACCAGAAAUAUCUGGAAUCCUAUUGAAUUUUCUGCCAUUUAUCUUAAAGUUACUAUCAUAUUUUGGUCUACAUGUUAUUCCUAGCCUUUCAACCCAUUUCCUUUCUUGAGUGGCAAUGUGGAGUGGAGUGCACUAAAUAUUGAAACCCCUAACUAGUAUUAUCUUAUCACUGUUACCACUGUCAGUUAAAUCUUAGAGUUGCAUGACUUUGGCAGUCCUCACCUAAUCAGUGUGAAAACACUGUCUACUCCAACAAAUGAAGGUUAUUCAGUCUUUAUCUAAAUACUUCCAGUGUCAGCAAGAUCAUACUUAAUAGCCCUAUUCUGCCAGAUAGACAAUAUUAAAUUUUUUUUAUAUUUUAUUUUACCACUUCAGUGAUUUCAUUCUCUAUUCUUGACUUGUCAAAAUUUUAUUUUCCCAAUUGGCUUUCAAAUACAGGUUAUUUGAUAAUACAUAGACUUAUGUUACAAACAAUGAACUUAUGGAUAUUAAUCUUAUGCAUGUCUUAAUAGUGUUUUUCAUAUAGUUAAAUGUUUCAUAAGAAGCAUGAGGACCACUUUUCUCUUAGGAUUUUUCUGUUAGGACUAAAUAUAAUUUUCUUCAUGGCCAAUAAUGCAGUAAGAGGGAAAAUGGUUAAUUUUAGGUUUCUCUGUAAUUGUUAAAUUCAUUAAUUUGAAGUCUUUAAUAAGUAAUUGGGAAGUGUCCAUACAAACUAUUCAUAAAAGGGGAAAAACAAAAUUUAAAAAGUAUAUUGUAAAACAUUAAAAUUUACCAGUAAUCAAAGUAAAGCAAAUUAAAAUUUCAUAAUGAUGUUUUUCAUUCAUAAAUUAUAAUUUAUCUAACUUACCCAGCACUGGUGAGUAAAACUUUAGGGUAAAAUGAAUACUUUUUAAAUAUUAUUGGUAAUAUAAGCUACUAAAAGAACUGUGAUAUUAAUCAUUAGGAGUGUCAAAACUGUUCAUGAUCUUUAGAUCUAUAAUUCCACUUUGUGUUGGAGUGUCUGUGUUAAUGAGAUAAUCCUAAAUUUGCAAAAACCUGUUUUCAUAAAGAUGUUUGUUAUAGUGUUAUUUAAAUUAGCAAAAUAUCUUGAACAUAGUCUAUGAACUUCCUUAAAUUGCAUGUAAAAUUAUGAACAUUAAUUUUUUCCUUGAAGAUCCUGGGCUAUAGCUUUAUAAGAUUAUUAAAAAUUGUCCUUGAUCUUUGAAAAAGUAAGAAUUGUGGUUUUUAACUACUGGUGUUUAGCAUACCUAUUAUUUAUUCAAAAAAUGUCUUUUAGAAAGGGGUGUGAUAGAGAAAGGACUAGAAGGAAAUAUUGUACUGUAAAAUGUUAUUUGGAUAGAAGGAAUAUAGGUAUUUUUAUUCUUCUUUCUGCUUUUCUAUAUUUUUCAGAUAUUUUAUAUUGAGUGUACACUACUUUUACAAUGUUAAUAAAAAUUACCAAAAUGUGAACUUGAUCAGCUUACCCUGGAUCAAACAGCUCUCAGGGAAACCUCUGCGAAAAAAAACUAAUGGAACGAAUCCAGAAUCCUGAGUACUCAACUACUAUGGAUGUCGCACCUGUCAUUUUAGCUGCUCAUCGUAACAACUACGAGAUUCUUACAAUGCUGCUAAAACAGGACGUUUCUCUACCCAAGCCCCAUGCAGUUGGCUGUGAAUGUACAUUGUGUUCUGCAAAAAACAAAAAGGAUAGCCUCCGACAUUCCAGGUUUCGUCUUGAUAUAUAUCGAUGCUUGGCCAGUCCAGCUCUAAUAAUGUUAACAGAAGAGGAUCCAAUCCUAAGAGCAUUUGAACUUAGUGCUGAUUUAAAAGAACUAAGCCUUGUGGAGGUGGAAUUUAGAAAUGAUUAUGAGGAACUAGCCCGACAAUGCAAAAUGUUUGCUAAAGAUUUGCUUGCACAAGCCCGGAAUUCACGUGAGUUGGAAGUUAUCCUAAACCAUACUUCUAGUGAUGAACCUCUUGACAAACGGGGACUACUGGAAGAAAGAAUGAAUUUAAGUCGUCUAAAACUUGCAAUCAAAUAUAACCAAAAGGAGUUUGUCUCCCAGUCUAACUGCCAACAGUUCCUGAACACUGUUUGGUUUGGACAGAUGUCAGGUUAUCGACGUAAACCCACCUGUAAGAAGAUAAUGACUGUUUUGACAGUUGGCAUCUUUUGGCCAGUUUUGUCACUGUGUUAUUUGAUAGCUCCCAAAUCUCAAUUUGGCAGAAUCAUUCAUACACCUUUUAUGAAAUUUAUUAUUCAUGGAGCAUCAUAUUUCACAUUCUUGCUGUUAUUGAAUCUGUACUCUCUCGUCUACAAUGAGGAUAAGAAAAACACAAUGGGGCCAGCCCUUGAAAGAAUAGACUAUCUUCUUAUACUGUGGAUUAUUGGGAUGAUUUGGUCCGACAUUAAAAGACUUUGGUAUGAAGGGUUGGAAGACUUUUUAGAAGAAUCUCGUAAUCAACUCAGUUUUGUCAUGAAUUCUCUUUAUUUGGCAACCUUUGCUCUCAAAGUGGUUGCUCACAAUAAGUUUCAUGAUUUUGCUGAUCGGAAGGACUGGGAUGCAUUCCAUCCUACGCUUGUGGCAGAAGGGCUUUUUGCAUUUGCAAAUGUUCUGAGUUAUCUACGGCUCUUUUUUAUGUAUACAACCAGCUCUAUCUUGGGUCCAUUACAGAUUUCAAUGGGACAGAUGUUACAAGAUUUUGGAAAAUUUCUCGGAAUGUUCCUUCUUGUUUUGUUUUCUUUCACAAUUGGACUGACACAGCUCUAUGAUAAAGGCUAUACUCCAAAAGAACAGAAAGACUGUGUGGGCAUCUUCUGUGAACAGCAAAGCAAUGAUACCUUCCAUUCGUUCAUUGGCACUUGCUUUGCUUUGUUCUGGUAUAUUUUUUCCUUAGCACAUGUGGCAAUCUUUGUCACAAGAUUUAGCUAUGGAGAAGAGUUGCAGUCCUUUGUUGGAGCCGUUAUUGUUGGUACAUACAAUGUCGUAGUUGUGAUUGUGCUUACGAAACUGCUGGUAGCAAUGCUUCAUAAAAGCUUUCAGUUGAUAGCAAAUCAUGAAGACAAAGAAUGGAAAUUUGCUCGAGCAAAGUUGUGGCUUAGCUACUUUGAUGACAAGUGUACAUUACCACCACCUUUCAACAUCAUUCCUUCUCCAAAGACUAUUUGUUAUCUGAUUAGUAGCCUCAGUAAGUGGAUUUGCUCUCAUACAUCAAAAGGCAAGGUCAAACGGCAAAACAGUUUAAAGGAAUGGAGAAAUUUGAAACAAAAGAGAGAUGAAAACUAUCAAAAAGUGAUGUGCUGCUUAGUACAUCGUUACUUGACUUCCAUGAGACAGAAGAUGCAAAGUACAGAUCAGGCAACUGUGGAAAAUCUAAAUGAACUGCGCCAAGAUCUGUCAAAAUUCCGAAAUGAAAUAAGAGAUUUGCUUGGCUUUCGGACUUCUAAAUAUGCUAUGUUUUAUCCAAGAAAUUAACCAUUUUCUAAAUCUUGUAGAGAAUAAUUUUCAAUAACGAAUUUGAAAGACUGUAUUUACAUAACUUGCAAUUAAAUUAAUAAGAUAUAUAUUGAAAUAAUUAUGUAAAAGCCAUCCUUUAAAAUAUUUAUAGCAUAAAUAUGUGUUAUGUAAUAUAUGUAUAUAGAAUUAGUUUUUUAAAACCUGUCAGUGGCUUUUUGCAGGAGCAAAACACAUUAAGUAGAUAGAUUUUAAUUAGCAUGCUAUUUGGUUUUCUUAAUUGGACAGUGCUUUAAAAUGUUAUUCUUUUUAUGUGUAAGAGGAGUAUAAAUAUACACAUUGCUCAGAAGGUUUUGUAAAAAGUAAAGGUCAGCAAAUGUGAGCUUAUUUAUCUCCUACCAUAAGAUACACUUGAAAUAUAAACAUUAUGGUUUUUAAAACCUCUGUUUUAGUUCACAAAUAUAGUCCAGUAUUUAUUGUUUAGCAAUAGAAUUUUAUCUAAAAUAAUAGUCUAUUUUUUUUAUUUUAUUAUAAUCUUAAGCAACAAAGAAAAAACCAUAAUGAAUAUUUGAAUCUAUUUAUGUCUGUCAAUUUAAAUUCACUUCAGUUUUUGUUAUUGUAAUAUAUUUACUUUUACAUGGUUAUAAUCAUUUUAUAUUUUUAAUUUUAUUUUUUUCACUUAAUAGUAUUAUAUACAUAUAUAUUUCCAUGUAUUGUGUAGUCUAUUCAGAUUUUUAUAGAAUUAUGUCAUUUUUGAAAAAUAGACAUUUUUAUUUUCUAGCCAUAGGGUAUUUAUAAGUUUGCAUAGUUACUUCCCUGGUCAUUUGGGUGCUUUUAAUUUUUCUUUACCAUGAUAGUGCUAUAAUUUUUUCCAAGCCAGAGUGAAUAAUCAUAAAAUAAAGAUACAUCUUUAUCAUGUAUAGUCAUAGCCUUUUGGUUUUGUAAAACAGUGGAUGACCCUUUAAUGAAAGGAUUUGUUUUAUAUUUGAAUUAAGAUUCGUGAGCUUAUCUCCCAAAGUAUUUUCCACAGAAUUUAACACAGCUUCUAUUAAAGUGACUUCAUGCUUAUUUGUGGAUCAUUCUUGCUGCUUAAGAUGAAAAGCCUUGUUUUUUUAAAUUUAAGAAUAAAAUGUAUAUUUAAUUUUAUAAUAUACAUUAUAAAAUGUAUAUUAUAUUUUCUGUGUUCACCUGAGGGAUGUAGGUAGAAUUUUUUCAUAGGCUAUAGUUUAUAUAUUCUUGCAGCAUUUCCAGUUAAGAAGGUAUAAGGUAUAUAAUUCUCUGCUUAACUGAAUGUCAGAUGGUCUUAAGGCCACAGGGUGCAGGUAGCUCUUGGUCUAUAAGCACCACCGAUCCAGGGAUCAUUGUCUAAAUAUGUCAGUGUUAUGUUUCCCUUACUUUUUAAUUUUUAUUUUUUUCCAAAUUUUAAGUUUUCCCUCUUUGGGGCAAAUUCUUAUAAAAAUGUUUAUUGUAAAGUUAUAUUUUGUCUACGAUGGGAUUAUGCACUUCCCAAUUGGGAUUUUACAUCAGGAUUUUUAGUCAUUCUAAAAAACAUCUAAUUAUUAAAUUAAAAUAUUUAUAGAGUGCCUACUGCAUGCAUGAGUUACUUAUGAGGUAUAUUUUGAAUGAGUAUAUUAUAAGAAAAAAGGUGAAUAAAACUUGACAUUAAAUCACAAA